CUGCAGCUCCUCCCACCUGCAGCGGCUCAGAUCCAGUUGCAGUUUGGUUUUCACUCACCAAGGAGCACCAGCAAGAGAUUAAGGCCUUUGGGCACUUGAAGAGGUGGUGAGCAUGUCCAGCCAAUAGGCCCGAACUCAAAGCAGAGGAGGCCGAAGACGUGGCAAGCUACAGCAGUCAUUAUGAUCGAUCUCAGUUUCCUGACGGAGGAGGAGCAGGAGACCAUCCUGGCUGUGUUGAAAAGAGAUGCUGAGCUGAAGAAGGCUGAGGAAAAGCGUGUCCAGAAGCUACAGAAGACUGUGAAUGACAGGGGCAAACUGAGGUACAUGACUGGAGAAUGGUUCUAUGAGACCAAGCAGCUUCGCCAUCAGGAUCGCAUUCAUGGCUCCGACAUCAUCAGGGCCUCCAUGAGACACACACAUAAACCGUUGACUAUACUGGAGCUCUCCCAGAUACUACCUGAGAAAGCCAGUUUUGUCAGCAGUGAAAAUAAGGAAGUGUUCGUCCCACCUGUACUCUGUGGAAUCCUUCAGGAGCCUCACCUGCAGCUUAGAAAUGAAAGGUAUCAAAAUGAGAAUCCUUAUGGAACAGCACAAGGUACACCUAAACCAGAUCUACAGUCACCCAUAAAGCAAAGAAAAAAUCCAUUCAACAGUGAGGUCACUGCAAUCCAUGCUUCUGAUAGCUUGGACAAUCAAUUAUUGCAAGGAGCAUUAGAUCAAACCCAGACACCAAAUGACGGGUCUUUAGCAUCAUCUCCCAGCUGCAUUUCUUUUGCUAGUGACCUUACACAAGACCCUAAUGAUAGCUCAGUCACCCAGAAUGUAUCUGUUCCCAAGUCAAAGCCUGAAAACAGGACAGUAAACACCAGUUCUCAGGACUGUUCUGCUGAGGUAGAGGGGCCAGAAGAUAGACAGACUAACUCUGCUGCUCCACGUGGCAUCCUCAAGCAGUUGUCCGCCCCUAGCUCCACAGACUCCCUGUUCUCUCCACUGGACAUGCAGAGAUCAGUUAGUGUGGAUUCUCCCAUUGAGACCUGGAUAGACAGGAAGCAGGUGAGGUUCAGCUCCACAGUUGGUUGGAGUGGAGUGGAGUGGCAGGAUGGCAAAGAGCUGGGAGAACACAGUUUGCUGGACAUAGACUCCAUCGCUCCUUCUGAGGAGGAAAAUAAUAGUCACCUUAACAACACUGUUGGUACCACUGUUACCACACAUAGGCCUUUACUCAGUCAGAGUACAUUGGAUUCUCAGGAAGGUGAAGUCAGUUGCAAAAAUGAGGCAUAUCUCCAAGAGCAAGAAGCUUCCCAACACCAGGACCUGGAUGAGUUCCUAAGCCCUGAGAAGAAGUCAGGUAAGCCUGUUCAUCUGGAGACAGAGCCUGAGGAGGACUGUCAUUCUCAGGCUAAGGCCAUAGACUGGCCAGCUGGACGCAAUAUUCAUCAGUGGCCUGAACAAAACACUGACAUUUCUGCUGAGGCCACUUCAAACACCCAACCCUCAACUACUGGCACCACAAAGGGUUCAUCUCAUGCUCUUUCACCAAAGCCUAGACAAAGGCUCCUUGGACUUUUUAGAAGUGAGAAGAAUAAAACUGCUGAAGUACAAAGACCACAGAAAGAAGAGGUGAAGUUAUCUAAGCAGAAAGAGCCAGUCAGCAUCCAGAAUCAAGGUGCUGCAGAUAUGACCAUGGACAAACCUGCGAGUGUCAUACAAGAAGCUAACAUCAAAACACUACAACUUACAGCGCAACAGAACACAACAUUUAAAGAAACAGUGACCUCAGUACAUGCAGACAUGAAGCAAGAGGCGAUAGAGGGAAGAGUUGCACACCUUCCAGAGAGACUAUCCAAUCUGAAAGCUUUCUGGGAGAGGGAAAACAGAGAGGAGCCACAAAGACACAAAGACAUUGCCAAGACAGGAGUCAAAAUACAUGGCCCUCAGACUAACUCUGAUGUGGAGAGCAUAAACAAAACUAACUCACCUCAAAUAGAAAGGACAGUGCAGGAUACUGUUGACAUGUCGCAAGAAAAGUAUUCUUUACUACAGACUGACUGUAGCCUCUUAGUUGAUUUACCGAAAGAAGAUGGCACAUAUAGAGCAAAUCCAGUCAUUAUCUAUGAAGAGACAGACGAUUCUUUAACAGGUUCAGUAACAGAGCCACAGGAAAAUGUCAACACUCCUGUACCUUCUUCAGUAACUCCCCUGCCCAGGCUGUCUAGUCCCAGUCCUCAAGAAGACAGUGUAGCCAACAUUAGUGAGCUUAAGUAUUCCUGGGAGAAUGAAUAUACUGGACCCGGGGUAAGAGUCAAAGAAGCCCCAAGCAGUCCAAUACUCAGUGAAACAGUAAUUUCUCCUCAGUCUGAUUUGACAACAUCCUUAGAAAGCAAAGAGAGCUCUGAGGGAGAAGCACAGAUGUCUCCACACAAAACCAAGUCUAAUGUUGCCUUCAAACCAUUAAAAGUGACAGCCAAGGGUUUUGUCAGUCAGAGUCCAGACAGACCACAGCUGAAGAGUUCUGGUAAUAUUGGGGAUAUACAGUCAACAAGUCACCAAUACCAAGUCAACCCUGAUAUGACGGCUCAAGAAAGGCCCCUCAGUCCCAGUAAAUCCCAUACUCCAAGAUCAAAUGACCAGGAUGAUGAAGUCAGAAGGAGCCCAUCUAAAACCUGCCACCCAAGGGUCCUACCUAGAGAAUCCUCCAGUCCAAAGAGUUCCAGACUGGAAGGCUCUCCCUUGAAAACCUUUCCAAUAAACAUCAACCCCCAAACCAAGGUUGCUGAAGGGCAUCGAGGGAAUCCGACACCAGCGCCAAGACAGAGGAAGAGUCCCUUUUAUGAAACAAAGCAGACAGUGCUUACAAAUACUCAACCAAGCGCAGACAUCUCCUCUCGUCCUCUUCCUUUACACCCAGAAGGCAGAGGUACUUAUUUUGGUAAUGUCAAUAGUUUAAGCCCCUCUUCAUCACCACUAUCCAAAAAAGCCUCAGAGACGGAGACUUUUACAUGCCUCGCCAGAUCUUAUAUCCCUCAGGAUUAUCAGCACUAUCUCGGACCAUAUGAGAAGGCCCAUGUGCCCUCUUUUCACCAAGAGAAAGCUGCUGCUGCUGAGAGUGAUGAGGUACACAGACCAGAAAAUGCCCUCAGAGACUCAGAGACUUUGGAAAACCAGAGUGACAGUCUCCCAGAGGGGAAUGCGGGGGGAAAGAGCAGUUUUAGGAUUGUGCAAAAUAAAGAGGUGAACUCCAGCCAAGACACAACACCUAGGGACUGGAAUCUGUCUCGAGCAAGUUCAAGCAAUUAUGAUGAGUCUUCCAGUCCCAUCAUGUUAGCUUUGAAACGCUUAUCUUCAAGGAGCAUGUCCUCAUCCAAAAGUCUGGAAAACCUCACUUCACAAACAAAAGAAGAGAGGACUCAAAGUAACUCAAGAGAGCAAAUGAAUCAAAGCGUGGAUGACGCUUCUUCUCCACCAUCAGCCUUUACUCUUUCCAACUCAGGACAGAUGAAAACCAGUGUGUCAGUGCCUGUUCUUCAGCCAGACGAGACAGACAGUGACAGCACUCUUGAGACUAACUUGGGCCGUAGAAGAAACACAGGCAGCUCCAUGUCCAACAUGAGUCUGUCCUCGGGAAUGGCCUCCAUGUCAUCUAUCAGUGGCAGCAUCAGCAGCAUUUACCCUGCAGACACCGAAGUCCAGGGAAGUAUCCAGUUUGCUAUGAACUACAUCCAGAACCUUGGAGAGUUUCACAUCUUUGUAGUACACUGCAGGGAUCUGGCAGUGGCUGACACCAAGAAGAACCGCUCUGACCCGUAUGUGAAAUGCUACCUUCUUCCUGACCAAACAAAGCUUGGAAAGAGAAAAACCACUGUCAAAAAGAAAACUUUAAACCCCACCUACAAUGAAAUCCUCAGGUUUAAAAUUAUAAUGGAGUUGUUGAAAACUCAAAAUUUCAACAUCUCGGUGUGGCACAAUGACACUUUUGGGCGGAACAGUUUCCUGGGCGAGGUGAACCUGGAUUUGUCAGAGUGGGACUUCAGCAACACACAGAUAAAUGAAUAUGCUUUAAAAGCCAGGGUAUCAGCACGAACUUCAACAUCGUCUCCCUCACUUCUGAUGGAGAACAGAGGACAGAUGAGAGUCGCCUUGAGAUUCCUGCCUCAGACGUCUCACAGUAAGAGAACACCUAGGAUGGAGACAGGAGAGGUGCAGAUUUGGGUGAAAGACUGCAAGAAUCUUCCUCCAGUCAGAGGAGUUAUUAUCGACCCAUUUGUGAAAUGUACUGUACUUCCUGACACAAGCCGAAAAAGCCGACAGAAGACGCGGGUGGUGAAGAGGACGGCAAAUCCAAUGUUCAAUCACACCAUGGUGUAUGAUGGCUUCCGACCCGAGGACCUUAGAGAGGCCUGUGUGGAAAUCACAGUGUGGGAUCAUGACCGACUGAACAACCACUAUAUUGGUGGUCUGAGGCUUGGGCUUGGGACAGGAAAGAGUUACGGGGCGGAUGUACUUUGGAUGGAUUCAACAACCGCCGAAGCAAAUUUAUGGCAGAGGAUGUUACAGUCUGAUGGUGAAUGGGUGGAGAAUGUUCUACCCCUGAGAAUGUUGGUGAUGGUUAAAAGCAUGACCAAGUGAAAUCAUAUAAAAUGUAUUGAUAACUGUGUGGAAACUUUAUGGGAGCACACUAGAUGUACUUUGGGAUGGAAACAAACUAUAAAACAGCAGCCUUAAUGAGCAAUGUGUAUGUAUUUGUAUAGCUGACGAUGAUUGUAUUAUAAAUUAAUGCACAAGCUAACUUACUUUGUAUAACCACAUGUUCAUGAUAUGUCAUCUUAAUUAACUCAAAAGUCAGUUAUUUAUAUGAAAAACAAAAAUACAAAAUAGGACAGCAUUAUAAAGCAUACAAAUUGUUUGAUCUGAAGACAUAUAUAUGGUGGUUCUGAAGUGCAAAGAUAACAUCAAGUCACAAAACACAAUAGCACUGGUGAAACUCAGUUGGAAUAGAGUGAUACGUAUGGGGCAAUAAUUCCUUGUCCUGACAGGAAGCACUGCCUGGCAAUCUGCUACAGACAGAAGUAGUUGCUUUCCAGGUGUUUUCACUCAGAAAAAGUCUGACAUAGAGUUUCAAAGGUUUAGCUAGUUUGAAGACAAAGAACAUAAUAUGUAUUGUGUUUGGUGAAGCAUUAUUUACAAAGCUACAGCCAAGAUUUGCAAUGCUGAAGCAAGGAGCUUCCAAUCAUUUAAUUAAUAAAGCCCUGAUGAAUCUUAGCCCGAACCUACAAAUACACUACAUUAAGGUAAUAUUACGUUGCUGACAAUUGUUAAUGUAACAGUUUAAGUUCAAAUUGACUAUGGAUGUGUAAUGGAUUUUUAUACAGUUCUGUUUGAAAACACCACAAAAGCAACUACUUUUUGCUUGUUCCUUCCAGACAGUGCAUCCAAUCAGGACAAGGAAUCAUUGUCCAGUACAUACCUCUCUAUUCUGGUCAAGUCUCACCGAUGCUGUUGUGUUUUGGGUUUUUUCAGGGCCACCAUAUACUGUAUAUUUGAUCUGAGAUGAUCUAAUGACAUGUAUAAAGUCCUGCUGUUCAAUAAUGUGAUUAUGGAAAAUGAUGUCUUCAAUAAAGAGGGUACUGAUGUGA